UGGGCUGGUCUGUUUUUCCUCAGCAUCCUGAUCUCUGGUUUUACUGAGGGAUGCUGAAGGAGAAGGAUUAAGGUGCGGUACGUGAAGGAGGACCAUAGGACCCCUCUCUCUUAUCCGGUUCUCUACCGGGGGUAAAUAUGCUCUAUGAUAAAUGACCAGCAUGUCUAAAGGGAGAGGCUCUGAGGCGGUCCGGGUGGUGGUCCGAUGCCGGCCUCUGAGCCGGAGAGAAGCGGACUGUGACAACAUCCUGGAUUUAGAUGAGAAACUGGGCCAGAUCACGAUCCGGAACCCCAGAGCCCCACCUGAGGAGCCCAUGAAGGUAUUCACGUUUGACUCCGUGUUCGGAUGGGGCUCCAGACAGAACGACAUCUAUGACGAUGCUGUCAGACCCCUGGUGGACUCUGUGCUCCAGGGUUUUAACGGGACUGUUUUCGCCUAUGGACAGACCGGCACAGGUAAGACGCACACCAUGCAGGGGGUCUCUAACGACCCGGACCUGAAGGGGAUAAUACCGACCUCAUUCCAGCACAUUUUCACCCAGAUCUCCAGGACUCAGAACCAGAAGUACCUAGUCAGGUCGUCUUACCUGGAGAUCUACCAAGAGGAAGUCCGGGACCUGCUCUGCAAAGACAAUAACAAGAGGCUGGAGCUGAAGGAGAAUUCAGAGUUUGGGGUCUACGUCAAAGGCCUGUCCUCAGUAGUGACUAAGAAUGCCACAGAGAUCCAGCAUGUCAUGAAUCUGGGAAACCAGUCCAGAUCUGUGGGCUUCACCAACAUGAAUGAGCGCAGCUCCAGGUCCCAUGCCAUCUUCGUCAUCACUGUGGAGUGCAGUGAGGUGGGACCAGAUGGGGAGGACCAUAUCCGGGUAGGGAAACUCAACAUGGUGGACCUGGCCGGGAGCGAACGCCAAUGUAAGACCGGGGCCAAAGGACGAAGACUGAAGGAAGCCGCCAAGAUCAACUUGUCCCUGUCAGCGCUGGGGAACGUCAUCUCAGCUCUGGUGGACGGGAAGAGCACCCACAUCCCAUACCGGGACUCCAAACUCACCCGCCUGCUCCAGGACUCUCUGGGCGGCAACGCCAAGACAGUCAUGAUCGCAACAGUGAGUCCAUCGCACAAGAGCUUUGAGGAAUCCCUGGCCACCCUCAGGUACGCCAGCAGGGCCAAGAACAUCAAGAACAAACCUCGCAUCAACGAAGACCCCAAAGAUGCUCUCCUCAGGGAGUUCCAGGAGGAGAUCGCCCGUCUGAAGGCCCAGCUGGAGGAGAGAGGGAUGCUGGCCAAGGAGAGGAGGAGGAUAAGGAGGAACAGCAAGAGACUGAGUAAGAGUUUGGCUGGGGUGGAAGAGGAGAUGCUCAAAGACAGGGAUGAGUGGAAGACCAUGGAGGAGGAACCAGAGGUGAUUUAUCGAAAGAAGGAAGGACGGGACAUCCACAGAGUCCUGAGUCAGGGGAAGAGUGAGAAGAUAAAACACCUGAAUGAGAACAGGAAGAGCUUAGAGGACAUGCAGUGGGACCAGGACGCCCUAGAGAAGAUCAUCGAGAAGUAUAAGGCUAUGGAGAGUAAACUGUUAGUAGGAGGGAAGACCAUCAUCGACCACACCAACGAACAGCAGAAGAUGCUGGAGAUGAAGAGACAGGAGAUAGCAGAGCAGAUCAGAAGAGAGAGAGAGAUCCAGCAGCAGAUGAUGCUUCAGGAUGAGGAGACGGUAGAAAUGAGGGAGACGUUCUCAUCUUUGCAGCAGGAGGUGGAACUAAAGACAAAGAAGCUGAAGAGGUUGUAUGCUAAACUCCAACUGGUGAGGGCGGAGCUCAAAGAUGUCAUGGAUGAACACGUCAUUACCAGACAGGAGCUGGAGCAGACGCAGACGGAGCUGACCAGAGAGCUCAAGUACAAAUUUCUCCUGAUUGAGAACUUCAUUCCCCCGGAGGAGAAGAACAAGAUCAUGAACAGACUCCAGUUUGACAGUGAGGAGGACCAGUGGAGACUCCAGCCAGUGCUCCCAUCAGAGAGUACGCCUUCUCAGAUCCGGAGGCGUCCUCUCUCAGCUGUGGGCUAUAAGAGACCGAUCAGUCAGUACGCACAGAUGGCUGCUGCCUCGGCAAGUGGACCCCCUUCGAGAUACCAAGUCAGUGGACCCUCUUCUAGAUACCAGGCUGAGAACAUCAUGCUGUUAGAGUUAGACAUGUCUCCACCCACCAUGUUCACCUUGAACCUGAACGGUACUCACCUGGAGAGAGCCUUUUCUCCACGGCUGGUCAGAGACCUCCUGGUAAACGGUCCUGUCAGAGAGAGGGGCACGACAUCACCACGUGUCAGGAAAUCCCAGUCCUGGUAUCAAACACCACAAGCAGCAGCUGUCACUCCGUCAUCAUCAUCCACCAACCUGACAUCAGGAUCUCAGAGACAGAGACCAUCUUCUGCUGCUUAUCUUCCAUCAGGAGGCCCGGUCCAGACCAGCCCCUGAUCUUUGUGUUGAUACGACUGUUCAAAUGGCUGCUUUAGUUCAAUGUGGCUUAGAAGGAACCGGAUUGGCUGAGGAGAAACUAUGGUGGUUAGGGGAAAACAUGGCUUUAUUCAGGAUUUCACAGCUUUUUAUUUAUGAUAUAAUUUCCUAUGAAUGUAGCUGAUAUAAAGUUUUUAAUGUGUAAUAAAACAGACUUCAAUGAAUGCUGAUGCUUCUAUGUGACCCAAAGAACUGAAUGAGACCAUAAAUGAGAAAACUGAUUAGUUCUAUCGUGUAGUUUUAGGUCUGCCCCCUGCUGGAGGGUAGAUGUCAGAUCAGGGGAUCAACAGCCUCCUGAUAAGAGUUUUUAUGAAACUUCCAUUUGUGCAUCUGACAGAUAUGUGCAUCUGUCAAAUGCACAUACAAAGCAAGAUCAGCAUAGAUAUGUCCAAAGCGGGGUGCCAAAAUUGACCCAGCCCAGAAGUUCAUCACAGGAUCCUGAAACCUUGAACAAUAGGAAAAGAAGGAUUUAGCUCAUUUUGCCAAAAACCCUGGUCCUUAAGUGGCUUUUUUGGUCCCAUAGAACAUCCCAGCCACACUCCUUAAAUCAGGUUAGACUUCCUGUUAAAUAAAUCAUGACAUUUCUCAGUGAUUUUAAGACUUAAACUUUAUGGCCUUUUUUCUUAAACACAUUAAUGUCUGUAAAGUAAAUUCACUUGUUGCCAAAACCCUGGAGGAUGAUGUGGUUAUGCCUGUAUGCUGGAUGAAUCGCUUCAAAUUAAAGCUAAUGUAAUUGUGAGUCAAAUGUGAAGAAAGCUUGCAGUGCACUCCUGAUUAGCUGCCUUAUUUUCAUAGUUGUGAA